CAAAGCUCGGAAAGCUAUCCCAAUUCUGAAACCCAAGUAUUUGAUUCUAAUAGCUUAAAAAUUGGUUCCAUGGGUUCAGAAGAAACCCCAAAACCCCAUGCAGUUUUUCUCCCAUACCCAUCACAAGGCCAUUUAACACCCAUGAUGCGACUAGCCAAGCUCGUUCACUCAAGGGGCUUUCAUAUAACCUUUGUUAACACUGAGUUCAACCACAGACGCUUAAUCAGGUCCAAAGGACUUGACUACGUAAAGGGCCUGCCUGAUUUCCGGUUUGAAACAAUACCAGAAGGGUUGCCACCGUCCGAUCGUGAUGCAACCCAAGAUAUCCCAGCGCUAUGUGAUUCCAUAAGAAAGAAUUGUUUGGCCCCGUUUAAAGAGCUAGUGCUUAAGCUCAACUCAUCCGAGUCUGAAGUGCCUUUGGUUACUUGCAUAAUCUCUGAUGGCUUCAUGAGUUUUGCUAUUAAAGCUGGUGAGGAAUUAGGCAUCCCGGAGGUUCAAUUUUGGACUGCCUCUGCUUGUGGCUUCUUGGGAUAUCUCUACUUCACUGAACUUAUCAAAAGAGGCAUUAUUCCAUUUAAAGAUGAAAGCUUUAAAUAUGAUGGCACUCUUGAGACACCAAUCAAUUGGAUACCAGGAAUGAAAAACAUCAGGCUUAUGGACCUCCCUAGUUUCAUUAGAACCACUGACAUCAAUGAAAUAUUGUUCGACUAUUCGGGAUCAGAAACACGAAAUUGCUUGAAUUCUUCGGCAAUCAUCUUCAACACAUUUGAUGAGUUAGAGCAUGAUGUCAUAGAAGAAAUUACAGCGAAAUUUCCUCACAUUUACAAUAUAGGUCCACUUUCCUUGCUAGAACGGCAUUUACCAGAGAACCAAUUCAUGUCUAUAAGUUCAAGCUUAUGGAAAGAAGACUCAAAAUGCCUCCAAUGGCUUGAUAAAAGGGAACCCAACUCAGUUGUGUACAUAAAUUAUGGAAGCAUGACCAUAAUCACAAAACAACAGUUUGAUGAAUUUGCAUGGGGGCUUGCAAAUAGCAAGCACACUUUUUUGUGGAUAGUUAGGCCUGAUGUGGUAAUGGGAGAUUCAAUAAUUUUGCCUGAAGAAUUUUUUGAGGAGACUAAGGAUAGGGGAUUGCUAACAACUUGGUGCCCCCAAGAGAAAGUGCUAGCACACCCAUCUAUAGGGGUUUACCUAACACAUUGUGGUUGGAAUUCGAUGUUAGAAAGUGUAUGUGCUGGUGUGCCUAUUAUUUGCUGGCCUUUCUUUGCUGAGCAACAAACAAAUUGUCGGUAUGCAUGUACCACUUGGGAGAUUGGUGUGGAGGUUAACGAGGAUGUUAAACGUGAUGAGAUUGAAGCACUUGUUAAGGAAAUGAUGGAAGGGGAAAAGGGGAAGGCCGCAAGGCAAAAGGCUAGCGAAUGGAAGAAAAAAGCAAUGGAAGCAACUAAUAUUGAAGGAUCAUCAUACAAGAAUUUUGAAAGAUUAAUUAAGGAGGCUCUCCUCAUUGGUGAGUAAAUGGUAAAACUAUCCUGUGAAUAUCUUAGGCUAUUGUAUUUACAUCAAUAAUAAUGUCAUCCUGUCAUGUUUUGCAUGUGGGAAAGUGGUCAUCUCUAUUUGAAAUGCAUUCAUUUCAUGUUUCAGAUUAAAUAUUGCUGAUCUAAAAGUGUAAGCCUGCUACCUCAUUUAAA